GGGGUUCAGCUGAUCGACACUAGAAGAGAGUCGAAGAAAUAGGUUAAAAAUGAAUUAUAAUAUACAUCUUACAGAAGAAUGUCCUUUAACCAAGGAGAAAAAUUACAAGUACAAAUUAUAUAAUUGCUGUGGCAAUGGAUUACAGUUGAUUAUUGUUUGUUUUGCUGCAUUAACUAUCGGCAUUACUACUAUGCUAGUGUUGCAAAUUCUUUAUACUGAGGACAUACCACAGAGUAGACUUCAUGGUAUCCAUGGAGCAGUUGCUACUGAUUAUUCAAAUUGCUCUCAAAUUGGUACCAGGAUACUGAGAAGACUAGGUAACGCAGUAGAUGCUGCAGUAGCAGCAACUAUCUGCAUGACUGUAGUAGCGCCUCAUAAAACUGGUCUUGGCGGGGGUGGUUAUAUAAUGAUACAUAACUUUAAAAACCAGAGUUAUCCAAUUAUUAUCGAUUUUGCAAGUAAUACAACCGGAGGCAUCUUUGCGAAAGCUGGAAUCCGUUUGCCAGCUCUGCUACGAGGAUUAGAACUUGCUCAAAGAUCAUAUGGCAUUUUACCUUGGCGCGAUAUUGUAAAACCUUCCGCCAAUUUAGCCCGAGAAGGAUUUGUGGUAUCCAAAGAUUUUGUGGAUGAAGUCUUGAAAAACACUGAUUAUGGAGCACUCUAUGGUCCUUUAAAUCCAGGUGAUACAUUAUCAUUACAGGAACUUGCGAGCACAUUGGAUAUUAUAGCAGAGUAUGGUACAAAAGAAUUAUACAAUGGUACUUUGUCAUACAAGAUUCUGCACGACGAUAUUCUACACGAUGAUUCUGCAUGGGAAUCUAUUGUUUAUUAUUCAUCUCAUGCGAGCUUUAUGCAAUCAGUAAUUGAAACGUUGGAAAACCUUCCGAUUUUUGCGGAAAAUGCAUCCACAAUAGACUCUCAAGCUCUUAUUGCUCAAACAUUGACACAUUUGCAUUUGCUGUUUUCACAAAAUACUCAACAUGUCAAAAAAGAAACAUAUACCGGAGUUAUGGCGAUGGAUUGGCAAGAUAUAUACGUCUGCGUCUUAUCCGGUUUAGGUUCGCCUUUAGGGCUCAGAAAUAUGACCGCUGCCGGAUUUUUGUUGGACAAGAACGUCGAUGAUAAUGAUCUAUCUAUUUUCAUCCCUAUCAUUUUCCAUCAUGAGAAAGAAAGAUGCGGAUUACGUGGUGUAUUCGGUUCGGACGAUGCCUUUCUCAACGGGCAGAUUCUGUAUAAUCUUGUCGUGCGUGUCCUGAAUGUUUCCGCCGCAAUAGAAUAUCCCAGAUACUACUACGUUUCCGACGGCAUGGUGAUCGAAAAUAAUCAAAGACACUCGAUGGAGACCGCAUUGCGGAUUCGAUUACAGCCAAUGAUAUCGUCAUUGCCUACUGACGACAAUUCACUCAUUAAGAGUGUAAAUGCGAUUAUCAAGAGGAAGGACGCGCUGUCAAGUCAUUCUGAUAGUCGUGGAAAUGGCAUUUCGUCGCGAUUCUAAAUACAUAUGGACGAUUUAUCGGUGAACAUAUAGGAUCCGAUGAU